CCGGGGAGGCGGCGCGCGCGCGCCCUGACAGCUCGGCCCCGCUCGCUCCCUCGCUCGUCCCCGGCUUCCGAGCACAGCAUGGCGGUCAAGGUGCAAACAACCAAGCGAGGUGAUCCUCAUGAGUUAAGAAACAUAUUCCUACAGUAUGCCAGUACUGAGGUUGAUGGAGAACAUUACAUGACCCCAGAAGACUUUGUCCAGCGCUAUCUUGGACUGUACAAUGAUCCAAACAGCAAUCCAAAGAUAGUGCAGCUCUUGGCAGGAGUAGCCGAUCAAACCAAGGAUGGAUUGAUCUCCUAUCAAGAGUUUUUGGCAUUUGAAUCUGUUUUAUGUGCUCCAGAUUCUAUGUUCAUAGUGGCUUUCCAGUUGUUUGACAAGAGUGGAAAUGGAGAGGUGACAUUUGAAAAUGUCAAAGAAAUUUUUGGACAGACUAUUAUUCAUCAUCAUAUCCCUUUUAACUGGGACUGUGAAUUUAUCCGACUGCAUUUUGGUCAUAAUCGGAAGAAGCAUCUUAACUACACAGAAUUCACACAGUUUCUCCAGGAGCUACAAUUGGAACAUGCAAGACAAGCCUUUGCACUGAAAGACAAAAGCAAAAGUGGUGUGAUUUCCGGUCUGGAUUUCAGUGACAUCAUGGUUACCAUUCGAUCUCACAUGCUUACUCCCUUUGUGGAGGAGAACUUAGUUUCAGCAGCUGGAGGAAGUAUCUCACAUCAGGUUAGCUUCUCCUACUUCAAUGCAUUUAACUCCUUACUGAAUAACAUGGAGCUUGUCCGUAAGAUAUAUAGCACUCUAGCUGGCACAAGGAAAGAUGUUGAAGUCACAAAGGAGGAAUUUGCCCAGAGUGCCAUACGCUAUGGACAGGUCACUCCACUAGAAAUUGAUAUCCUCUACCAACUUGCCGACUUAUAUAAUGCUACAGGGCGCUUGACUUUGGCAGAUAUUGAGAGAAUAGCACCGUUGGCUGAGGGGGCCUUACCUUACAACUUGGCAGAGCUCCAGAGACAGCAAUCUCACGGUUUAGGCAGGCCUAUCUGGCUCCAGAUUGCCGAGUCUGCUUAUAGAUUCACUCUGGGCUCAGUUGCUGGAGCCGUGGGAGCCACUGCAGUGUAUCCUAUAGAUUUGGUGAAGACCCGCAUGCAAAACCAGCGUGGCACUGGCUCUGUUGUUGGGGAGCUGAUGUACAAAAACAGCUUUGACUGUUUUAAGAAAGUCUUACGUUAUGAGGGCUUCUUUGGACUCUACCGAGGUCUGAUACCACAACUGAUAGGGGUUGCUCCAGAAAAGGCCAUUAAACUGACUGUUAAUGAUUUUGUCCGGGACAAAUUUACCAGAAGAGAUGGCUCCAUUCCACUUUUAGCAGAAAUCCUUGCUGGAGGUUGUGCUGGUGGCUCUCAAGUCAUCUUUACUAAUCCGCUGGAGAUAGUAAAGAUUCGCCUGCAGGUAGCUGGUGAGAUCACCACAGGACCCAGGGUCAGCGCCCUGAAUGUACUCCGGGACCUGGGACUUUUUGGUCUGUAUAAGGGUGCCAAAGCGUGUUUCCUCCGAGACAUUCCCUUCUCUGCAAUCUAUUUUCCUGUUUAUGCUCAUUGCAAACUACUUCUGGCUGAUGAAAAUGGACACGUGGGAGGUAUAAAUCUCCUUGCAGCUGGAGCCAUGGCAGGUGUGCCUGCUGCUUCGCUGGUGACCCCCGCCGAUGUCAUCAAGACGAGACUGCAAGUGGCCGCCCGUGCAGGCCAGACGACAUACAGUGGUGUCAUUGACUGUUUCAGGAAGAUACUCCGGGAAGAGGGGCCCUCAGCAUUUUGGAAGGGGACCGCAGCUCGAGUGUUUCGAUCUUCUCCCCAGUUUGGUGUUACUCUGGUCACGUAUGAACUUCUCCAGCGGUGGUUUUACAUUGAUUUUGGAGGCCUCAAACCGUCUGGCUCAGAACCAACACCUAAGUCACGCAUCGCAGACCUCCCUCCUGCCAAUCCUGAUCACAUCGGUGGAUACAGACUUGCCACAGCCACUUUCGCGGGCAUUGAAAACAAGUUUGGUCUUUAUCUCCCCAAAUUUAAAUCUCCUAGUGUUGCUGUAGUUCAGUCAAAGGCAGUGGCAGCGGCAGCUCAGUGAUGAGACAACCAUUGAGGGUGGCAAAAUGGUGCCCUGGAGAAAGAAGCCUAGAAGAGCAGCCCUGUAAUGUACCCAGUCAGCUGCAUGGUGCUGGCUGAGCUGAGGAGGCAAACUAUUCUUUCUAUAUGACAUAUACAUAUAUUUGUUUAUAAAAUAAUCAUUUGCCCAGGAAAAAGCAACAAUGCAGUUUCAAACUUUAGUGUUAAGUGUUGAGAUGUUUUCUAAGCUCUGGCAUGAAUUAGUGUUCUAGACUGCUUUGCACAGCUUGCACUUAUAGUGACUGUACAUAUUGUACAUCUUUGUACAGAGACAUCUUGGCACCUCAUCCCAACAAAUCACGUUUAUAGAAUGUAAUGCGGUUCUAAGUGGCUUGAAAUGUACAGAAUGUUUUGAAAGUGUUUUAUUAAGAGUCACACAAAAAUAAAUGUAUUAAAAUUAAAUUCAUUCUCUUAUUGGUGGCUUAUGGAAAUAAAGCAUCAAUAUUGGAUGUAUUUAAUUUCCAGUUCAUUUUCCAUUCUGGAAUAAAAAGGUAUUUGCUGAUAGGAGGCAUAAUGAGACCAAGUGCUUACACCAUUGAUGAAGAGAGUCUUUGGAAAAGAUGCAUGCUAGCAGAUGCAGAGGAGCAGGCUAAUGACUUGUGUGUGCUGAUGUGUUUCUAUUUGUAUUUAACACGUGUGUAGAUUCUCCUCUGUUCAUCAAUCAAAAUGCAUUUCCUAGACAGCUCCCCUCCUGUCAGUGUGCAUAUGGAAACAGGGAUGUCUCCCGCAUUACUUAGUUUGCUUUCCUCUGACACAGCAAGGCGGGGGCCUAGCUUUCAAGAUUAAAGGAUACUUUGGCAAUUUUUCUUCAUGUGGAUAUGAUCCCCCCUCAAAAUAAAAUGCACACCAAAAUGUA